AGUGGGCGAGCUGGGAUAGGCUGGGAGUUUGGUUGGGAAGUCGUAAGCGGAUCGAGACGCGGCACAAGAAGCAAAGGAAGAAAGGAAGAAAGGAGGAGAUCCAGGAUCCACAGGGCUUCAUGCACAAGUCGACUGAAUGUUGGGCAGGAAAUCUGACGCAGUAAUUUUGCGGAAAACGUCGUGGGUUUGUGUGUGUGUGUGUGUGUGUGUGUGUGUGUUUUUUUUCCCCCACGCCGCUACAGGUGACGGAUCGGAACUGCGCGGAUGACUAAAGAGAGAGUCGCGGUGUAAAAGCAAACUUUUCUGAUCGGGGUGCGAUCGCUGGUGGUAGAGGACUUGGAGCGGGAUAUCUGCGUGUUUUUUUUUUUUUUUUGUUGUUGUUGUUGCUGGAACGGCCGGGGGAAGAGGAGGACAUCAUGCCGCGGCGCACCGUGCAAGAAGUAACCGUGCAAGAUGUCCAGAAGCGAAGGAGUCCCAACAAACACUAUGUUUACAUCAUUAAAGUGUCCUGGAGUGAUGGCAGUACAGAAACUAUUUACAGGCGCUACAGCAAGUUCUUCGACCUCCAGAUGGAAUUGCUGGAUAAAUUCCCAGUGGAGGGAGGCCAGAAGGACCCAAAGCGCAGAAUCAUCCCUUUCUUACCAGGGAAGAUUUUGUUUAGGAGAAGCCAUAUCAGAGAUGUGGCUAUGAAGAGACUAAGGCCCAUCAACGAGUACUGCAGGGCUUUGAUCCAGUUGCCAGUAUACAUCUCCCAAUGCGAGGAAGUCCGAGUAUUUUUUGAGACCAGACCUGAAGACCUCAACCCACCCAAGGAGGAGCCCUUUGGGAAAAAGAAGUCAGGGUUUGUGGAGAGAGCGACUACUUUCCUAAAGCGAGGAGACCCUACUUCUGCUGACCCACUUUUCCUUGAACAGUAUGUGGCAGUAACAGACUAUGAGAAACAGGAAAGCACCGAAAUAAGCCUGCACGUUGGUCAGGUAGUGGAAGUCAUCGAGAAAAAUGAAUCCGGCUGGUGGUUUGUGAGCUCAGACGAUGCUCAGGGCUGGGUCCCUGCCACGUGUCUGGAGGCUCAGGACGACCCAGAUGACUUCACACUUCCAGGAGAAGAAGUGCCUCGGAGAUUCUGGUCACUGCCACGGCACGUGGGUCGGCGCAGAACUUUAGGGGAUCUAUUCAGCACAGGCUUUGGGCAAGAAGAAAAGUACUCUGUGAUUUACCCGUACUCGGCCAGGGACCAGGAUGAGAUUGAUCUGGAGAGAGGCAUGAUUGUUGAGGUUAUCCAGAAGAACUUGGAAGGCUGGUGGAAGAUCAGGUACCAGGGACGUGAGGGCUGGGCACCGGCCUCUUACCUGAAGAAGUCUGAUAUUCAAAGCCAAAGGCAAUCAGCAGGCGCUGCUGCUCAUGCCAGCACGAAUGACCUGGAUGGGGUUUCCAAGCAGAACCUGCAAAACAAUGCUGCAAGAGACAGCCGAGACAGCCAGAAGGAGAACAGGCUCUCUAUUUUCUCCGAUAACAACAAAAUUAAAGUGGGAUCAAGACAUGGACUUCCCCCACGCAGAGAUCUAACCAUUCCACGUGGAACAAACUUGCCUAAGCCACCCGUACCACCGCAGGUUGAGGAGGAGUACUACACCAUAGCUGACUUUCAGACCACCAUUCCAGAUGGGAUCAGCUUCCAAGCAGGAGUCAAAGUUGAGAUGGUUGAGAAGAAUGCAAGUGGUUGGUGGUACAUCCAGAUAGAUGACAAAGAGGGCUGGGCCCCUGCCACUUUUAUCGACAAGUACAAGAAGACAAGUAAUGCCGUGCGGCCCAAUUUUCUCGCUCCGUUGCCCAAUGAGAUGGAGAAGCUUAGGCUUGAGGAUGGUGGUGCCAAUGUUUCAAAUGAUGAUACCUGGUCUAAGCCUUUACCAGAUGAGCCGACCACGGCCUCUGACUUCUGUGCCCGCCCCAAGCUGAGAGACUGGAAGUCCAGCGCCAGCAAGGCAACCCCUGCCUUCCCUGGGCCUUUGCCACCAGCCCCAACUGCCCCUCCAGUAGAAGAGAAACCAGCUCUGCCACCUCGACGGGAAUCUAUUAAUAAGAGCUUUGAAUUGGACGUAGUGGAAAAACCAAAAUCCGAUCAUUCAAAGCCCUUGCCGCCAAAACCACCGGCACCUGGAGUCAUAAUGCCUCUUGUUUCCCCCAAAUCGGCCCCGUUCAAACCAGAGAAACCGCCAGAGAUCAAGAAGGAAGAUAAGAGCAAAGCUCUUCCGCUUCGCAAUGAAAUGGGUCUUGAGUGUGGCCACAAGAUCUCUGCCAAAGAGGUCAAGAAGUUUAAUCUGAAACCUGUACCCAAACAGCCCCCAAAACCGAAGGCAGAGAUCCGGGAAGAGAAACCAGAGGCUGCUCCGCCUGCAGCGUUUAUGAAGGGUAAGCCAGUGGUCAGACCAAAACCCGUCCCAGCUGCCAAACCUGAUCAGCCAGCAGAAAACAAAGUGGACAUCACUAACCUAAGAAGCAAGUUGAGGCCAUCAAAACCUGCAGAUCCUGGCUAUACAUCCGCUGAGGGGAACCAUCAAAACGGUACUUCGGCAGCAGGAAGCAGUUCACCCCAAAGUUCUUCACCGAUCCACAUCGCUCUGCUCAAUAACAGUAAGUCCUCUGAUGAGCCAAAACUCCCACUAAAACAGAUAAAUGGUCUUAGCCAGGAUAGAUCACCCCCCCCUGCAAAACCAGCAGUGCCCCCUCAUAAGGAGCCCCCUCAGAGACCUCCUGCCCUUGCUCCAAAAAGACCUCCCCCUCCAAAGAAAAGCGAUCCAUCGAGUCCAACCGAAAACAAGUCUCCUCCUCUGAAAGAACCACCGGAGGUUGCCAAGCAUGGCCCACCACCCCAACUAAGCAGACCCCCGCCCCCGAAACCAAAGGCAUUCCUUCAGCCACCCUCAAGUAAAGAGAAAGAUGAGCCCAAGGGGAAUAAAGUUCCAAUUCCUCCCAAGCCCCCGAUGAAGCUCGACAAGCCCGGACCACCAAAAGACAAGCUUCCGCCUUUACUCAAGGAGCCCAGUCGGGAUGAGCUCUAUCUCGCCGUGGCGGACUUUGAUGGGGAUGAGCAAACAUCCGGCUUCAAGGUGGGUACGGUGUUCGAGGUCCUCGAGAAAAACAGCAGCGGCUGGUGGUUCUGUAAAAAUGUAGGAGAAGAUGUCGAGAGCUGGAUCCCCUCGAACUACCUGAGCAAGAAGCCUUAGGUUUUAUAAUUCACUAAAAAUCUAACCAGAAGAGAACAAAAUAACACACUAAGGGUCUAGAUGUUAAAAAAAGCAACUUCUUGCCGUAUCACAUCUUGUUUUAUUUAUAGGUACAGUUUUUUAACUGGUAGUUUUUUUGUUACACCUUGUCAAACAUGAUCCAGCCAAUUGAACCAGCAAUAACCUAACCUUUUUUUGUGGCGGUUUCAUGAUGUUUACUUAUUUCUGUUUUUAUAUAGAUAUUGCAAGAAAUCAUACUCGCUUUUGUGGCUACGUCUCAAUCACAGCCUCUGUCUCAUAAAAAAAAAAAAACAACAAAAAAAUAACAGGAUGGCAUUUACCCCGAGUUACAGGGUGUGCCUAAUUUAUAGGAGUGUUUGCACCAUUGCCUUUAAUGAUGCAGUGCCUCAAAUUAUAUGCAAAAUGUGGGCUUCAGUGCUUAAACAAGUAUAUGCAGCCUUAGGCUUAGUUCUCAAUACAUAGAAACUUCUUGAUGUGAAGAAUCCUUCUCGUAGGUGUUCAUAUCUUGCAGGUUUCUAUCCAGUAGCAGGGAAAAAUGAGUCCUAACUAAUUGAAAGACUGUAUAUGAGUUCAGUGGGGAUCUUCACUGAUUUCAUCUGGGCUUUCAUGUAUGGUUAGCAUUUUCUUUAAGAUAUAUCUUAAAUGUUGUCCUUAAGGCUCAAAACUUACACAAAGGUGCAUCUCAAUAAAUUAAAAUAUAAUCUAAAUUUUUUUCAUUUCUAUAAUUCAAAUGGAUAAGCUAAACUCAUAUAAAUGAAUUACCUUAUAGCAAAAGCAUGGGUAAGACGGCUGACGUGACAGUUGUCCAGCAGACGGUAAUUUACAAAUUUAACAGGGAGAGUAAACCCAGAAAGAAAAUGUGGGCUGUUCACAGAAUGCUAUGUCCAAGCGUAUCUGUUGAAAGUUUGGUGGAAGGAAAACGUGUGGUUGAAAAAGAUGCACAAACCACAGGGAUGACUGCAGCCUUGAUGGCAAAGCCCAUUAAAGUUUGGGUGGAGUGUCACAAAUAUUUAUCCAAAUGGACUAUGGAUGGGGAUAGUGCUGCAAAAGCCACCACACAAAGAUGUAUGGUUUAAAACUGUUGCAUUUCUUGCAUUAAACCAUGUUAGAACCAGAGACUAUACCAGAAGUAGAAGUAGAUUUUGCAAAUAAAGGCCCCAGAGUCUGAAGAAAGAAUGGAGAGGUACAUAAUACACGAUGCUUGAGGUCCAGGGUGAUGUUUCAAAAGUCAGGGAGGAUUUAGGGAUCCGUGUCAUCUGCUGGUCUUGGUUCAUCAUAGUUUGUCAAGUCUAAAGUCAGCACAGCAGAUUUUAGAGCCUCAUGCCUUCCUCUGCAGACAUGGUUUUUUUUAGACAUUCAUUUCAUGUUCCUGAAGGACUUGGCACCUUCAAGUAUUGAAUGUAUAUACUGUACAUGCAUGUAUAUGCAUUCAGUACUUACACUUGCUGGACAUACAUUUUAGAAUGCUGACAGUUUUUAGUUAAAAUUUGUUUUGUUUUUUGGUCUAAUAUAAUAUCCCACAUUUCUGGGUUUUCUUUAGCUAUAGGCCAUAAUCAUCAACAUUUAAAGAAAAUGUCUUGAAUAUUUCACGAGUCAUAAAUCUGAGAUUUAUGCUUUUGAAUUGGCUUACUAAAAUAAAUUUGUUAUUGCAAUUUAUUAAGAUGCACCUGUAUUAGCUUUCUGUUCUUUUUUUUUUUGUUAAUCGACUGUAAUCAGUGAUCAUUGUUGUAAUUUGUAACAGAUGUGCACUUUCACUUAGUUCAGGCAAGGCAAGUUCAAAUUUUGCACAUUGUCAGUGCAUAGAACACAACGCAUUUUAAUGUUACACUAACCUUUGUUUGCUUUAUUUCUUUUAUUAGCUUAAUGUUGGAAAAUAGUUACACCAAUGAUCAGUAUGUAAGAAAAGUAUCCCAAAGUAAGAGAUGUUAACAUGCAGCUUUGUGUCAAAGAAUUUUUUUUUUAAACAUAACUCUAUCAUCGUACAUCCAAAUAUAAGUUUUAAAAUGUUAAAUGCAGAACACUUUGUCCAUAAAAAUUGAAGAUUUACAUUAGUUUGUGCAAUGACUUACAGAGUUGUUUGUGUACAGGCCUUUCCUAACUGAUGGCUGGUGCUCAAAUUAAGCAAUGGCCAAUGUAUAAACAUUAUUUUACAUUAAUGCUUGACUGGUUUCAAGCAGUGGUCAGCAGAACCAAUUAUUUUUAUUGUACAGUAAUGAGUCAUACUUUAACUUUUUUUUGGCCUAUCUUGCAGUUUUUUUUUCUUUUCUUUUCUGUGUACUGAUGUGUCAGGAGUUAACACUAAAUACUGAAAUAUUUAGUUGCAUCCUUGCAGGUUAAGAUUUUUAGAAACAACUUGUUUUUUCACAAAUACUGAAAUUUGCUUUAAUGUUAAAUACAUUAGGUAUGGUUUGUGGGUUAAAAUGAAAACUCCUAUUUGCUGUGUGUGUGUCGCGCAACUGGCUUUUUCAGGAAGUGGUUCAAAAUGGUAAUAAUAGAAUGUAUGUAGACAAGGCUAAAAGCUGCAACACUAAUUCUGUUCUGCUUCUCGUUGCUCAAAUCUGUCACAAAAUUCAAGCCAUAUUACAGCACUGACACCGUCGUCCAAAAAUACUUUUCAAAAAGAUUAUACUUACAAUGGCAUUAUUCAGGUAUGUUAAGUGGACAUUGAUUGUCCCCUCCCUUCUUUCAAUAUUGUUAUUGUUUCCCUUUUUCUCAUGUGUUUUGCAUUACUGUCUCUACUUUUAAGUCAAUAAAAAAAUUUCAACUCAGA